GCAUCCAAAAUUGGAUAAGGUGAUAAGCCCCCACGUAGCACAAACCCAAAGCUCUCCUGUUUUCAUUUCUCAAGCUACCAACACAAGUUCCCUUGCCAACCAAAAACCAUGGCCUCCCCAACACUUAUAACCCCAACUUCCAAGCUCAAACCCCUUCUUCCCAUCAAAGCCAGAGCCACGCAAAGACCGCCAUCACCGCCACCGCACCAGCAACCCUUACGGCGUCAAUUCUUGUGUCUUGCUGCUGCUGCUGCCGCCACCACCACAGCAAGUCUUGCUCUUGGAGGGGUUCAGUCAGCAUUUGCUGCCUCGGAUGAGGAGUACGUGAAGGAGACUGCAGAAGUGAUCAACAAAGUGAGAAGCACCAUCAAUAUGGACAAGAAUGAUCCCAACAUUGCUUCUGCUGUAGCUGAGCUUAGAGAGGCAUCCAAUUCUUGGGUGGCUAAGUACAGAAGAGAGAAAGCUUUGCUGGGUAGAGCUUCUUUCCGUGAUAUGUACUCCGCAUUGAAUGCUAUUUCCGGCCAUUAUAUUAGCUUUGGACCAACUGCUCCAAUCCCUGCAAAGCGAAAGGCUAGGAUUCUUGAAGAAAUGGACACUGCCGAGAAAGCUUUAUCGCGAGGAAGAUAGAAUCACUAUUACUCUCACCAAAUGAAGCCGGAUUUUUGUUUUCUUAAACAUGGAGAUUUUUAACUUAUUUAAUUUAUGGAGUUCGAGAUUGUAAAUUGAGUUUCGUGAAUUAGGACAAGGUAUCUUUUUUCCAUAUCAUGGUUAUAAAUUACGUACAAUAUAUAUUUAUAUAUGUUGCUAGGAAUUGUAUAUCGACAGUCUUCCAUAUUGUCAGUUUAUGGAUAUCCAUCAAUUUUAACA